UCGGCUUCCGUAACAAUUCACAUGUGACAGUGAAGGUCAGCUUCCAAUAUGGCUGCUUGCACAAGAAGGCUUGACAAAGUUAUGUGUUCAAUAAGGCUGUUACGGAAUAUACAACAGCAAAAUGAACGUUUCUUGUCCACAUCUAUGCUUCGCCUCUCGCAGGGGAGUGACGGUGGCAAGCCAACAAAAUUCACCCCUCCACCAAAACCUGUCAUCAUUGACAAAACACAGUCCGAGGCUUCACUGCGAAAGUUCCUGAGUCCAGAAUUCAUCCCUCCCCGACAGAGAAUAAACCCACUAAAGUUCUCCAUUGAGCGCAAAGACAUGAUCCAGAGGAGGAAAGUGCUCAACAUUCCAGAGUUUUAUGUUGGAAGUGUCUUAGCUGUGACCAUGGCGGACCCUCAUGCCAGCGGCAAAACCAACCGCUUUAUGGGCAUCUGCAUCCAGAGAGGUGGCCAUGGACUGGGAGCCACAUUUGUCCUUAGGAAUAUCAUCGACGGCCAAGGAGUUGAGAUCUGCUAUGAAAUGUACAGCCCGCGGCUGCAGCAGCUGGAGGUGCUGAAGCUGGAGAAAAGGCUGGAUAACAAUCUGAUGUAUCUGAGAGACGCCCUGCCCGAGUACAGCACCGUGAACUUGGACAUGAAGCCUGUGCCCCACUCUGUCACCGGGGACGUGCCCAUCAAUAAAACCAGAGUGCGGAUGCGUCCUAAGCCGUGGUCCAAGCGCUGGGAGCGGCCCAAGUACAACGUGCAGGGCAUCCGCUUCGACCUGUGUCUGUCGCCCGAGAAGCUGGAGCACGCCCAGAAGUGGGCGAUGCCCUGGCGGGAGUAUGACAUGCUGAAAGAGUACGACACCACGGCCCUGGAGGAGCACAUCCUUAAGGAGGUGCAGACAGAGAUGAGCAAGUGAACAUGCCCCUAACCCCUCACCCCAACCCUUUCUCAACCAGGGGUGGGUAGUUCCAGUAAGCAGGUGGGUAGUUCCAGUAAGCAGGUGGGUAGUUCCAGUAAGCAGGUGGGUAGUUCCAGUAAGCAGGUGGGUAGUUCAAUAAGCAGGUGGGUAGUUCAAUAAGCGGGUGGGCAGUUCCAGUGAGCGGGUGGGUAGGUCCAGUGAGCGGGUGGGUAGGUCCAGUGAGCGGGUGGGUAGGUCCAGUGAGCGGGUGGGUGGGCAGGUCCAGUGAGCGAGCGGGUGGGCAGGUCCAGUGAGCGAGCGGGCGGGCAGGUCCAGUGAGCGAGCGGGCAGCCCCGGCAGCAGUGUCUGCUGAUUUUACUGUCAAAUCAAUAAAUUACAUAAAGUUGGGGGGAAAAUCUAGUUUAUUCAAACCAUGCGCAAUUAGUGACAUGAAUAGAUGGAUGAAGUGCCUGGGAGAUGAAAAGCAGCAGACAGUGCUGCCUCUGUGGGACAGUGUUCAGCCACCCCUGUUAAGCUCUUUCAACACUUGAUGGCCCUCGGUCUUCCACCUGUCUCCAUGUACAUGAUGUCUGGUGAGAGGUGGAGAGGAACAUUGAGGAGUCUGAAUCUCCCAGGGACAAUGGUGGAACCGUCUGCAUAGCUGUGGUUGCCGGCUUGCUUCAUCGUAUCUUGUAUUGUAUGUCUGGAAAGUGUUUUUGCAUAUCAAUGUGCAGUUGCAAGUAUCCAUUUCUAAAUUAAAAAGCUAUUAAACAUG